AUGGACUCCAUCGCCACCUUCGUCGCGGCCUUGCCGUUCCUCAUUGCUUCCGUUACAGCUGCAGCAAGUUACCCGCCAAAGCCUUCUGACUUGAGUACUCCCGUACAGCAGCGCCUCGCAAUCAAUAGUCCGAAUUCCGUUUCCAUAGGCUGGAAUACCUACCAGAAGUUGGCUCGACCAUGCGUAGAGUAUGGUACAUCUAGCGACGCCUUGAGCACCUUGGCUUGCUCAACUUCGUCGGUCACUUACGCCACUUCCCGCACAUAUUCCAAUGCGGUGACUUUGACUGGCCUGACCCCGGCUACGACUUACUACUACAAGAUUGUAUCAACUAAUUCCAGUGUUGAGCACUUCUUCAGUCCGCGCGUGCCCGGUGACAAGACACCCUUUGCGCUCAAUGCUGUCAUAGACCUGGGUGUCUACGGUGAAGAUGGCUAUACCAUCGAUAUGGAUUUGACCAAAAGGGAUACUAUCCCGUAUAUCCCCCCCGCACUUAAUCACACCACCAUCGGGCGCCUCGCCAACACCGUUGAUGACUACGAAUUCGUCAUUCAUCCUGGUGAUCUUGCCUACGCGGACGACUGGGUCUUGAAAGUCAAGAACUUGUUUGAUGGCACAAAUGCCUUUGAGGCCAUCUUGGAAAACUUUUAUGAUCAGCUAGCUCCCAUUGCGGGUCGUAAACCCUACAUGACAAGCCCUGGAAAUCACGAGGCCAAUUGCCAGGAGAUCCCAAACUUGACGGGCCUGUGCCCGAACGGUCAGAAGAACUUUACCGACUUCAUGAAUCGGUUUGGGAGAUCUAUGCCUACGGCUUUCCCGUCAACAUCGGCUGAUGAGACUGCCAAAGUCAACGCCAACAAGGCCAAGAUGCUCGCGAACCCUCCUUUCUGGUACUCUUUUGAGUAUGGCAUGGUCCACGUCACGAUGAUCGACACGGAGACUGAUUUUCCCGAUGCUCCCGAUCAGCCAGGUGGCGAAAAGGGGUUGAACGCCGGACCGUUUGGCGCGAAAGGCCAGCAGCUGGCCUUUCUUGAGGCCGACCUUGCCUCGGUUGAUCGUACCGUCACCCCCUGGGUUGUCGUUGGUGGCCACCGCCCGUGGUACACAACUAGCGGAGGAGAGGACUGUUCGGAGUGCCAGGACGCCUUCGAAUCCUUGUUCUACAAAUACGGAGUCGACUUGGGAGUGUUCGGCCAUGUGCACAAUUCCCAGCGAUUCAUGCCCGUUAUGAACAAUACUGCGGACCCCAAUGGACUCAACGACCCAAAAGCCCCCAUGUACAUCGUGGCCGGUGGUGCUGGCAAUAUUGAGGGCUUGAGCUCCGUUGGCACAAAACAGAAGUAUAACGCGUUUGCAUAUUCGGACGAUUUCUCGUACGCCAAGGUCUCGUUCUUAGAUGCGAACAACCUCCAGGUUGAUUUCAUCAGGUCAGCUACCGGGCAGGUGUUGGAUAGCUCGAAGCUCUACAAGUCGCACAAGGAACAAUUUGUGGUGCAGUGA